CGAACGCAGACGUAUUUCCAGCUGUCCCUUGUCUCCACCGACAAGUUAUUCGGCGGAGACAAGCGACAGCUGGAAAUAAGUCUAUGUUCGCAAGGAAUUCGCAGGCUACCUGAACUGUACUGAACAGCGAUGAUGUGAAUCUCUCGUAUGAGGGGGCAUCCUUCUUUAAUAGUUAAGGUUGUACUAGGGCCUGGUACAAGGGUAUCUAGCAUUUCUACUGUCUUCUUAUUUGCUUUGCCCUUUUUCGUUGCUCACCCUUACCUUAUAAAUCCUUUCUCAGGCCCCCUCUCGCAUUGUCUUUGCAUUGCCUUGGCGUUGCCGCCUUAUUGCCGACUUUUUCUGACAGGCUGGUCAGCGGACGAAAUAUCUGAAACUUGAUAACUCAUGUAUGGUUUCCAGUAUUUUUGCUUUCCGGCGCGCAGAACACGAACAAGGUUAUCAGGGUGACACAUUUACAAUCAUGGUUGACAACCCCCAAUCCCAAAAUCCUUCAAUACAGAGGAUUCAUGGAGUAGCAUGCAGGCCAGGGACAACUAGGGAAAUGAUAGAGGCACUUCCUGGACUUGUCGCAAGAGAAAAAGAUAUUUAUGUUGUUUCAUAUCCAAAAGCUGGGACGACAUGGACACAAGAAAUUGUCUGGCAAAUUCUCCAUGAUGGACGAAUUGAUUACAGGCGGAUUGACGUGCGAAUUCCGUGGAUAGAAGGGAUGCUUUUUCCGUACAAAGAAAAUCCUUACAAAGUAUCAACUGUUGACAUGAUUGAGAAAAUGUUUGAGAGCUUUCCUUCGCCUCGUGUUUUCAAAUCACACCUGCGCUACCAUCUGAUUCCCAAGGCUGCUAACAAGACUAGAAAGCCUCGGUACAUUUAUGUCAUUCGUAAUCCCAAAGAUACAGCUGUGUCAUAUUAUCACCAUUAUCACUUCAUUCCCGCUGCAAAAGAUCCGUCUUCUUGGGAAACGUUCUUUGACCAGUUCAUAAACGGAGAAGUAAAUUCAGGCUCUUGGUUUGAUCACGUGUUAAGUUGGUGGGAACAUCGAGAUGACCCUAACAUAUUAUUUGUAAAGUAUGAAGACAUGAAAAAGGAUCCGCAAGCCGCCAUUGACAAAAUCGCACGUUUCAUUGGAAAAGAGAUCUCACGCGAAACACUCGAUCUUAUAGUUCAACAAACGACAGUGGAUGCUAUGAAAAACGAGGGGAACGCCAACUAUAAAUGGAUGUCUGGUGCUAAAGGUGACUUCAUUCGCAAGGGUGAAAUAGGUGACUGGCAAGCAAUGUUCAGUGAGGAACAAAACAAGAUGCUUGAGAACAUCUACAAAGAAAAACUGGCAGGGACAGGGCUGGAAUUUGAUUUUGAUCCAAAAUAGAUGGAAAAAAGGGUUGAAUUGUGCGACCGAUACGAUAUUUGUGAGGAAGACUUUAGUCGUGUUAGGUCUUUGUCUAACGCAGCUCCACCCUUAGAGUGGUCCCAUGCAAAUACCCCUGAAUCCACGAACUAAAGCCAGGAGAGCUUAUCGCAAAUUGACAAACUGAAACGUACUAAUUUUCAAAUAUAUCAACUGUCAUUCGACAUGGUCAACACUGUACUCAGUCUUUGUAACCGUUGUCUCAAAAGAGGGGCAGGGGAGUGGGUGCUUACUUGAGGGGUAGGGUGGGGUGGACGCUUAUUUCAAAUUUUGGACGAUACUCGAGCUGCCUACUGUAGGAUUUACGGUAUGUGACAUCUAAUGAUAUUCUAUUCAUUAGGCUUACA